AUGAGUAACCCAGGCGACCAUUUAAAAGAACCUCUCGUUUAUCAAGAUCUACCUUCAAAUAGAAGCGACGGUAAAGAGCAUAUUAUCAUUGUUGGUGGCGGUAUCAUCGGUGUUACUACAGCAUACUAUUUGACACAACACCCUAAAUUUAGUCCAUCCACACAUUAUAUCACAAUAAUUGAAUCCACGGAAGUCGCAUGUGGUGCGUCUGGUAAAGCUGGUGGUUUGAUCGCUUCGUGGGCUUUCCCUGAUCAAAUCGUUCCAUUAUCGUUCAAAUUACACAGUCAACUGAAUCAACAAUUUGAUGGUGAAGCAAAUUGGGGUUAUAGAAGAUUAAAUGCUCUAUCCGUCGAGGCAGAUAUUAAGAACGUUAAAGAGGCACAAGAACAAAGACAUUUAAGAUUUCAAAGAAGAUUUAUCAAAAUGAGAGACAAAAGUUCAACGUCACCAAAUUCACCUAAUAGUGAAGGUCAAACAAAUGUUCAUGGUAACCCAAAGGACUACAUAGCCAACACAACUUCUAUACCUUGCCCACAAGAAACUAAAGCAACAGGAGAAAGUGUCGAAUUAACUAGAGACAGCUCGGAGUCUAAUUCUUUGAAGGAGACAAUGGCUUCUAGUGUUAGCAUGACCACUGCAGAAAGUAGUAGUAGUAUUCCAGCUGAUCUUGGAACAGGUGGUUUGAUGAUGAGAACUACUCAAAAUGUUUUACCAACUGCGUUUAACUGGAUUAAAUCAACUUUAGUUAAGACAUGGACAUUUAUUGGUGAACCUACAACCACAGCACAAAUCCAUCCAUUACAAUUCACAUUAUUUUUAUUAAAAAAGGCAAUGGAUACAGGUGCUGUUGAUUUAAUUAGAGGUAAAGUUAUAGAUUUUAAAAAGAAUGAUAAAGGUGAAAUCAUUGGUGUAGGUUAUAUGCCAAAAGCAGGUAAACACAAAGAUGAAGUCGUUAACAUUGUUAAUGCAAGCAAGGUGUUGCUUGCAUUAGGUCCAUGGACAAGUAAAUUAUUGAAAAACUGUCCAGUUACAACUUUGAAGGUCCAUUCGGUCAUUGUUAAGCCACAUAAAGCUGAAGGAACCAUUAUAUCGCCAUAUUCCAUGUUCAGUGAAUUACAAAUAGAUGAAAAUCAAACAUUUUCUCCAGAAAUAUAUCCAAGAAAAGAUGAAAUUUAUAUUUGUGGUGAAGGUGAGAGCUUAGAUGUAAUUCCUGAUGAACAAACUGACGUUGUCACUAAUGCAGAAAAAUGUGAUGAAUUAUUCUAUUAUGUUUCUAAGUUAUCUUCAAGUGUAUCUCAAGGUGAUGUUACGGAAUCUUUCGCAUCGUACGUUCCUGUCGUUAAUAUUCCAAGUGGAUCAGGUCCAUUGUUAGGCGAAACUGACUUAAAGAAUCUAUUUAUUGCUGCAGGUCAUAGUUGUUGGGGUAUCAACAAUGCACCAGCAACUGGUGUAAUCAUGUCUCAAUUGCUACUAGAAGGUAUCUGUACAUGCGCCGAUAUUACUGAGUUUAACCCUAAAUUAUAUUUCAAAGCUUCCGGUAACAAAUCUGUUGUGAAGGCCUAG